AUGCUUUCACCCCUCAGCUAUGAAAGGGAUUGCAACGAAAUUGUUUCUACGUUCGUGGACCAUAAAGUUCUUGUAGGAAUUAGGCAAAUUUGGGCGCGUGAACACUGGAGGCGCUUGUGGAGCGAAUUGUACGACAAUGAGCCUUUUGAUGUUGACCUGAGUGCCCCUGCCAGUAACGUGCCACAUGUGUCAAGAAUCCAAUAUGAUAUCGUAAGUGCAUGCAGUCGACAAAGGGUCUUUAAUUAUCAGGUUUCCCUACCCCAUUACGGUGACGAGAAGUUUUUAACGAAAGCUCUUGAACGAUACAAACAGCACCUAAAGUUCGUGCAACAGCAUCCCAAUAAGUUCUUGGUACCAUGUUUUGACUCUGAUCUCAUUUGGCAUUCGCACCAAGCCCAUCCGCUGGCCUACAGGACAGACACAAUAAAUCUUCUGGGAAAGGUCCUUAACCACGAUGAUUCAGCGAACGACCGACGGGCAGGCUCAAAACGUUCAACAUCCGCACAAACAACAGAACAGCUGUGGUCAGCUGCUAACAUGGAGUACGAGAGAAGAGGAACCAUGUUUCGAGGUGAACCUCCAUUAAGUAUUGGAGAGAACGAUAAGCCCGUCGAUUAUUCUUCGAUGCGGGUGAAUGAAUACACCGUAGAUGUUAUCAAGAUAGAGAUUGGAAUUUCCGCAUCCAAGUGCUACAAAGUGAAAAUUGAUGUAAAAGAAAAUAUCGAUGGAAAUGCCAUCAAGAAGAGAUUUAAAGGACCCGCCACUGAGAUUUAUAAGCCCUCUGGGGUUCCUCUAUCAAAGUUCGUCUUCAGAACAGAAACCAACAACUUUUUUCAGGUAAGAUAGUUUCCUAGAAUAACACAGACGUUCAGUGUUCAUUUUCAGUGAGUUUUCAAGAUUUUUGCUGCUUCAUCUUCUAAACACAUUUUCAUCUUUUAAUAAAGCCGUCCGCCACUUUAGCUUUUAAUUCAAGUUCACUUUUUAUAGCUAUAGUAUGUAGACGUUAGUAUUUAUAUGGCAAACUAGUUUAGUUUUUCUUUUUACUUUUAAUUACCUUUUCUUCUCUCUGCUUAUAAGCAUGUAUCUUGCUAGAGGUUUAGUCAAGUUCAUCAGCCCGAGAAACUAUUACUACUACUACGACCAUUACCACCAUCACCAUCACCGCCAAGAUCAUCAUUACCACCAUUACCAGCACCAUCAUCAACACCACUACCAUCACAAUCACCACCUCUUACCCGCUUGAAAGACUAUCACUGCUACUCACUAUCACUACUAACACCACCACCAUCAACACCAACACCGCCACCACCACCACCACUACCACCACCACCACCACCACCACUACCACCAUCAUCAACACCACUACGAUUUCAACCACCAUCACAUGUAGCACUACUACAAGUACAUCAUGUUCCCUAAAAGCUGCAUUCCUCAUAACCAAUCACAACCGAAAAAGUUUAGUUGUGUAUUAUUAGAAAGAUUAUGAUGGUGCAUUUCUUCCUGGAUGUUUGAUUGUUUUAUUUACGUUAGUAUGUAAAGUUGACACUUCAAGGGAAACAGUAACCUUCGAGACCGCGCUGACCUGGACACUAGUUCUACAACUUUUCAUCCUAUGAUAUAGUUUUAUAUUAUUUGGUUAAAGAAGUGUGAAUCGCGUAUCUUGUAAUAUGCAAAUCGCCUAAAAAUGGCACCUAAUGUGCUAAGCAUCAGCUGACUGCGUCCUUUUAGGGAAAGUUGCCAUCUAACAUAUCGCUAAUUGGUGAUAUAUUUUUUGAUGGAUUACUGAUAAAUUUGGACAAAUUGAACUUCUAUUUUAAUCUAAUCUCAUCGAUCUUCGAAUAACUCAGAAAUUUGCACUUUAUUUACGGCAGAUUGAAAUUUCCCAGAAAUGUCCAUCUUGUCAAUGCCUUCAGGGGAAGAAUGCGGAAGGCUUACGUUUCCCUUUCCCAUUGGAAAUGUUCAUGCAGAGACGCCUGGAAGCUCCACAGACAGUAACACACAGGGAAGAUUUCUCACGUGA